UGCCCUCCACACACAAGCUGUGAACUCUGCAAAAGUCAAAAGACUAAAAAAAACAAAAAAAGGCUUGACGGGGUUUGUUUUUCUUCUGCAUCAAAAUUACGAUUUCAUUGGAUGAACAUCUUUGCAAGGCUCACGAGUAAGAUGAGAUGAAGCCUAAUUUCAAAGGAGUUUGAAGAGGAAUGAUGACCAACCACACACCACGAUUAGUGUCAAUGCUGGAAGCAUCAAAGGAAAUGAAUGGAAAACAUAAGAGAGAUAAUGGUUUGCAGAAUGACGCUGAGUUUCAGACUCAAACUCAGCCUCCUGGACUUCAUUUUGGCCUGCGCAAUCAGGGAGCCACAUGUUACCUCAACAGUGUCCUGCAAGUUCUGUCCAUGACAACAGAGAUCCACGACAGGUUGGAUCCGGAAUCACAGACCAUAGAUGGAGAGCUGAGAAACCUCUUCAGAAAUCUGACGGAGACAACAGGUAGAACAGAAAACAUCACUCGGUGUUUGGAGAUUAAAAACGUUCACCAACAACGUAACGCUGCUGAGUGCCUGGAGAUGAUUUUAAGAAAGGUCAGCCCAAAGGCCUCUGAGGUUUUCCAAGGACAGCUGCAGUACACGACAAAGUGCUGCCGAGGCCACAGCAUCAACGAAGAGACAAAUCCAUUCUGGACUCUUCCUCUGUCAAUGAAAGACGCCCACGAUACGACCUACAGUGUGGAAGAAAACUUGGAAAGGAUUUUCCGCACAACAUCGUUCACUGGAGACAACAUGGUGUUCUGUAAUGAGUGUGAAAGGAAGACCGACGCGACCAGUGGAUGUGAGAUGGUGGAAGCUCCUCAGGUUCUGAUAAUUCUCCUCAAGAGAUUUUACUUUGACUACAACACCAGGUCACAUUUUAAAUCAGACCGCCGUGUGGAUGUGCCGCUCACACUACAGAUGAAGAAAAAGAAGUACAAACUGUACGGGACAGUGAAUCACAUGGGUGGUCUCAGAGGGGGACAUUACACAGCCAACAUCCUGUCCAGUGAGGACAACACCUGGUAUGAGUGUGAUGACACUCAGGUCACCAAGGCUGGAGGACAACCAUUUGAAAACCACGUUUACAGUUCCAGCACUGCCUAUCUGCUCAUGUACAGAGCCACCGAGUGUCAGACGCCCACUGAGACCAAACCAGGAGAUGAAGUGAAAGAACAACAGGGUGAAGGUGCAGAAAGCGUAAAGAACGACAAGCCAGUCAGAGAAACAAGUCAGGACGCAAACGAGACGACCGACCUCGACUGCAGCGGAUGUGACCGCGCACAGGAAGACGGGACACGUUCAAGCAUCACGGGACAAAACAGCGAGUCUGAGGACAGGACGGCAGGGGGGGAUUCAAAAGGACUGUGGAAUAGGUUGAAAGCAGCAUUUGUGCCGAAAGCAAAACCUAAGAAAGAUGCAGUCACUGAAGGUCAGACGCCCACUGAAACCAAACCAGGAGAUGAAGUGAAAGAACAACAGGGUGAAGGUCUGAAACAAGUGAAAAGAGGAGCGAAGCGCAAAGCAAAAGCCAACAAAGGAGCCAGUGAUGAUGAAGGAAACACAAACAAAGAGGAUGAGGGGCAGAUGAAGGGUGAGACACUCGGCCCUCAGGAGGCCAGAGGAGAGGAAGGCGGUGCAGAAAGCGUGAGGAACGACAAGCCAGUCAGAGAAACAAGUCAGGACGCAAACGAGAAGACCGACGUCAAUUGUGCCACUCUGGGUUUGCAGAAUGACGCUGAGUUUCAGACUCAAACUCAGCCUCCUGGACUUCAUUUUGGCCUGCGCAAUCAGGGAGCCACAUGUUACCUCAACAGUGUUCUGCAAGUUCUGUCCAUGACAACAGAGAUCCACGACAGGUUGGAUCCGGAAUCACAGACCAUAGAUGGAGAGCUGAGAAUCCUCUUCAGAAAUCUGACGGAGACAACAGGUAGAACAGAAAACAUCACUCGGUGUUUGGAGAUUAAAAACGUUCACCAGCAACGUGACGCUGCUGAGUGCCUGGAGAUGAUUUUAAGAAAGGUCAGCCCAAAGGCCUCUGAGGUUUUCCAAGGACAGCUGCAGUACACGACAAAGUGCUGCCGAGGCCACAGCAUCAACGAAGAGACAAAUCCAUUCUGGACUCUUCCUCUGUCACUGAAAGACGCCCACGAUACAGCCUACAGUGUGGAAGAAAACUUGGAAAGGAUUUUCCACACAAAAUCGUUCACUGGAGACAACAUGGUGUUCUGUGACGAGUGUGAAAGGAAGACCGACGCGACCAGUGGAUGUGAGAUGGUGGAAGCUCCUCAGGUUCUGAUAAUUCUCCUCAAGAGAUUUGACUUUGACUACAACACCAGGUCACAUUUUAAAUCAGACCGCCGUGUGGAUGUGCCGUUCGCACUACAGAUGAAGAAAAAGAAGUACAAACUGUAUGGGACAGUGAAUCACAUGGGUGGUCUCGGAGGGGGACAUUACACAGCCAACAUCCUGUCCAGUGAGGACAACACCUGGUAUAAGUGUGAUGACACUCAGGUCACCAAGACUCGAGGACAACCAUUUGAAAACCACGUUUACAGUUCCAGCACUGCCUAUCUGCUCAUGUACAGAGCCACCGAGUGUCAGACGCCCACUGAGACCAAACCAGGAGAUGAAGUGAAAGAACAACAGGGUGAAGGUGCAGAAAGCGUAAAGAACGACAAGCCAGUCAGAGAAACAAGUCAGGACGCAAACGAGACGACCGACCUCGACUGCAGCGGAUGUGACCGCGCACAGGAAGACGGGACACGUUCAAGCAUCAUGGGACAAAACAGCGAGUCUGAGGACAGGACGGCAGGGGGGGAUUCAAAAGGAAUGAACUCUCCAAAACAACUGUGGAAUAAGUUGAAAGCAGCAUUUGAGCUGAAAGCAAAACCUAAGAAAGAUGCAGUCACUGAGUUUCAGACGCCCACUGAAACCAAACCAGGAGAUGAAGUGAAAGAACAACAGGGUGAAGGUCUGAAACAAGUGAAAAGAGGAGCGAAGCACAAAGCAAAAGCCAACAAAGGAGCCAGUGAUGAUGAAGGAAACACAAACAAAGAGGAUGAGAGGCAGAUGAAGGGUGAGACACUCGGCCCUCAGGAGGCCAGAGGAGAGGAAGGCGGUGCAGAAAGCGUGAGGAACGACAAGCCAGUCAGAGAAACAAGUCAGGACGCAAACGAGACGACCGACGUCAACUGUGCCACUCUGGGUGAGGCAAAAGGCAGCAGCGGAUGUGAAAAGGCGCCGGAAUUCGAGACACAGUCCUACAUCACACUAGAAAGCAGCGAGCCGGAGCUGCUGACGGAAACAGCACUGUGAAUGAGGCUUGAAUGGGGAUUAGUGUGUGUCUAAUGGCCACUUUCAUCACGUCUACAUGAUCCAUUUUUUACAUUUAGAAAAAUUGUGCCAUGAGCCACACGCAGCCUACUUAACAAAGAAUAUCAGGCAACUUCCAUUAAAAAAGGAGUCUGUUUUAACAUUAAAACAGAGUUCAGUCACAAAGCAUCAAAAACACAUUGAGAAAACUGGAGAAGAUCUUACAGACGAGGCCAAAGAGGACAAGUUGAUGACGUGAGAGUGUAAGAGAGACGAGCUGGAAAUAAAAGAAAAGACACUGAGAGUAAAGAAAGCAGAUUUUAUUCUGCAGGACGAAAAUAUUUACUCGUCAUUAAAACUGAAUGUCACAAAGUUAAAACCUUAUCACUGUUGGAUAUGAGACUUGAGACCAUGUCAUUGAAACAAAACAAGUCCUUUUCGUUGCGUGUCUGUUGAGGUAUUUCAGCUAUGUUGCCUCUCAAACCUCCACAGAGAUAAUCCUGUACGCCCGUCAGUUGCGUUCCUUUGGUUGCCUUUUCCACCAUGUCAUGUGUUUUCUUGUUGUUUGUUUGUUUCUGUCAUACCUAAUGACUGUCUUCCAUUUAUUAAAGAACAUGUAAAUGAGGUUAUUGAUCAUGUCACAAAAUAAAACAAAUGUUCAGUUGUGUGAAUUUUCUGUAAUAACUUCACAAUAAAAAGAUUUUAUUUUUAAAUCCACU